CGCGGAGCGAAGCCGCGUGGCGCGCGAGAGGCCAUGGCGGAAAGCGGCGCGGGGGGCGGCCCAAGGUCUUCCCCGGCGGGCGCCGCUUGCUCGGCUCAGUCCCGUCCGGAGGCGGCGGCGAGGACGCUCCGCGGGAGCCGGCGGGAGGAUCACCCUGCGCUCACAGGGAUGAUGUCGUUGGAUGUGGCUGAGAGCAGUUGUGUGCAUGCUGCUUUCUUAGUUUACUUAGACCUCUUAGAAGCUAGGAACUGGCAUGAGGUGUCCUACAUUGGCCUUGCGGAAUUCCAGCUUGUGUGUCUCUGUGGACGAGAGAGAGAAACGGAUGGUUUUCAAGUGGUGGUGCCAACUCCUGUCCACGUGUCAAUUAGCCAUGAGAGGUUGAGACAGAUCAUGAAGAGAUCAUAUACUCUGAGGGAUGAACCUGAUUCUCCGCUCUCUAUCACACUGGCCAUAGUUGAAUCAGACUCCACAAUAGUCUACUAUAAACUGACACAUGGUUUUGUAACCCCAGACCCUCCUGACGAUACUGAAUACAUGGAUGAUAAGCAGUGGAGGAAGAAAAGAAAGAGGUUUAUGAGACGAUAGGAAAAUAGACUACUGUGUUAGCUCUGGACUACAUCAAAUCUCUAAACCAAUCUGGAACUGUGUAUGUGAAUUAAAAGGUGCAAUUGGGAGCUGAACAUCUGCUUUGAAAAUCCUUAAUAAGGUCUGAGAAUUGUAAUAAAUGGGAACAUCAAAGGUGCCAUGGACCAAUUCAAGAAUCUGUCCUCUCCUCAUCAGAAAGUUCAAGCUAGUAGACUACUUGAAAAUACAUUUUUUUUGGUAACAAAACCAUUUUCCAGCCUUUGUUCCUGAUUCAGUCAUUGUCCCAAAGGCAUUAUCAUUGACUUUCUCUAGCAAAUUCCUUUGUGUGUGUCCCUAUUAAAGUAUUCACAGCACCUGCUAUAUUAAAUUGCUUGAUUGUAGGUCCCUUGCUGAGUGAAGCAAUCCUCCGCAAAGUUUGCUAUAGUUCAUGCUCAUAAGAAGGCGACGCACACUCCCGCCCACCCUUUGGGUUGAAAUGUGCUGCAGCUGGAAAAAGAUGACUUCACUGCUGACUAUUGCUACUGCCAAAACUUUGGAAGACAUGGUCCAGUCCAGUGAACUGAAGAUUUGGAACCAAGGAACUGGAAUACACCACUUCUCGGCUGCGUGAAUUCAAGCUUAGUGCGGUCUACUAGGCUACAACAAGAAGCCUUUCAGGAGUUGGCAAGUUACAAGAAAAACAGAACACACCUGGAGCUAAAUGUAGACAUCUGUAUUACCACAAUGCACCUUGGAACUUCCUAUGCCAUGUGAAGCAACAUGCACACAAUAUUCACAACAAGUGGAGACUUUGGACAUCCAAAACACUACAAAAGCAGAGAGAAAACAGUGGUCGUGACAAAUAUGGAUUCUUUUCAGGCUUUGAUUUGUGUACUUUUGUUGCAACUACCUAGAAAGCUUCAAGAUCUCUUAAUAUGUAAUAGUUAUGCUUGAAUGUGUUUUAUAUCACUAGUCUUCAAGCAAUGGUUCGGGACUUAAAGAUCAGGAAUGUACCCAUGUCUAAAGUGAAUCACUUUGACUUUGCUGUCACAUUUUAUUCUCUGUCUCCUUUUGGUUUAGUGUUUUAUUUCCCCCUUAAGAAAAUGAAGAAAAGAGGAGGAAGUAAGAAAGUAGAAAGAUGGGCAUGCUUACUGAAAGAAAAGAAAAAAGAGAAAUUUGGGUCCCAUGUUGCAAGGUGCGCCUUAUGGAGCGAAAAAUACGGUAUUUUCAUCAGGCUUCAGGAUGCUGGAAUAUUUUAAAGCUUCCCGUCCCCCAAGUCAGCUUUGAAUGUUGGAGUGGUUUCUUAACCUGGAACAUAUUCACAGGAUAAAUCAAUGAAACAAUGAGAAAAUAUAGAAGAAAACAAAUGAUGCUCUCUCUUACUCACAAAGGAUGUCCCUAAACUCUUCUUGAAUCAGAGACCUGCCUCUGGCCUCACAGUUUCUCAUGAACACAGGUCAUCUCUCGCCUUACAAAUCAGGGGUGGUGUCAUCCAUCCCCUGAUCACUGGAGCACACAUAGAUGACUCUGACUUUUACUGGUGCUGCCUUCCUGUCCUUCAUAACCAUCACGUCCUCCGCCUCCCCUUCCUUCUUGUAGACCAGGGGGUGGAUUUGGGGGGCAUGACAACAGGAGGCCAGCAGCCUGUGCAGCCUCAGAAACCUAAGGAAGAACAAGGAGGAGAUCAGAAAAGGGAUUAUAGUCACUUCCUUGAUACUCUGGCAGCUGAAUUUGCCUCCAGGAAUCUCUAACGGAGAGGGCAGCAAGGAGUUGGAUCCAUUGAGGAGGGCAUCUUAUCAGAAGACCCUACAAAACUGCCUGAUUCCCCUCUUGUGAUGAUGCAAACCAUUUCCCUUGAAGCAUCUAAACUGCUAAAUCUUGGCAGAUAGCGAUAGAAGCAGAAUGCAGAAAGAAUUAGAAAUCCUACCUGCACUUCAGAAGAAGAAAUUGUCCUUAAUGCUGCUGCAAACAUAUUUCAUUCUUCCAUGACUCCCUCCUUAGCAAUCCUCAAAUAGUUGCUCUUACCAAAGUUCUCUGCCAAGUUAUCCAGCAGGGGAAAGAGUCACAAUGGAGGACAGGCCACAUUUACUUUGGCAGCCUUCCUCUGUCAGGGGCAUUGUUCCUCUUAAUAUACAUGUUCAUAACUUUAAA